GGUAAGGGUAAGGGUAAUAAGAACACUGCCUGAAUGUUCUUAAAUACCGAUCAUCGUUUCGUAAAUAAACGAAAAUUCAGUUUUGCAACAUAAUUGUAGUAUACAUUGAAUCGUAAAUGUAUUUGGAAACAUAACUGUGCAAGAAUAAUUAAAUAUAAAUCAGUAUUAAUUUAUCCUAGCAACGUGGUUAUCAGUUUAACAACCAUCUGAUCUUUGAUCUCUCAUCGCUAUGUUCAAGUUAGAAAAUGUGUAAUGGUAUGGUAUCAUAUGGUAUUUUACCACACUACGGCGACAUACGAGUUUAAUAAAGAACGAAAAUUACGAAAACAAUAUUUUAAUAUAAAAUGAAUUCGUUAAUUCAUACAAAAGCAAUGGUAUCUGGUCACAGAUCAGCAAUACGCCAGUAUGGCUGCUUUAAAUUAUGGUACAGUACCAAUCAAAUAAAUGGUAGCUUAGCAUUUGUUUAUAUGGGUAGAAGAGACCCAAGAAAUAGUAGAUUGUUAAUGCAUUCAGCAUUAGCAGAAAAUUGUCCUAAUUAUAAUAAUAAUUUGCCAUAUGUACAAUUCCGUACAUUUUAUGUAACACCAACAUGGAAGGGUCAAGAGUCAUCUUCUAAGGUUGAAAAGACUGUAAAGAAUAUCAAGGAACAAAAGGCAGAGGAAAAGGCAAAGGCAGAAGAAAAGGCAAAGGCAGAAGUCUCUGUUGCUAAAAGUGUUCCAAAAGAAAUUAUAGAAAAGCCUACACUAUGGCAAAAAGUAAAGGGUGAAAUUUUACAUUAUUAUCAUGGAUUUAGAUUAUUGGGCCUUGAUAUGAAAAUAUCAUCAAAGCUACUUUGGAGAAUUUUGAAGGGUCAUGAACUUAGUAGAAGAGAACAUAGACUUCUUGUAAAAACAACAGGGGAUGUGUUCAGGCUUAUUCCUUUCUCCGUUUUCAUUAUUGUACCCUUCAUGGAAUUUUUGCUUCCAAUUGUCAUUAAAUUCUUCCCUGGGUUGUUACCAUCCACCUUCCAAACAGCAACAGACAAGGAGAAUAAAUUGAAACAAGCAUUAAAAAUGAAAAUUGAAAUGGCUAAAUUUUUGCAAAAAACGUUGGGUGAUAUGGCUGUGCAAUCGUCCGAUUAUAAAUCGAAAAGAGCCAAAGAAUUUGCCGAAUUCUUUUAUAAAGUUCGUAGUUCUGGUUCUGUAGCCAGCAAUGAAGAAAUAAUGCAAUUCAGCAAACUUUUUGAGGAUGAAAUUACUUUAGACUCCCUUAGUCGACCGCAAUUAGUUGCAUUAUGUAGAGUAUUAGAUGUGCAAACUCUUGGAACGACGAAUUUUUUAAGAUUUUUACUUAGAAUGCGGUUAAGGAGUCUUACCGCAGAUGAUAAAUUAAUUGAGAAAGAAGGUAUAGAUUCUCUUACUAGAAGUGAGCUACAACAGGCGUGUAGAGCACGUGGAAUGCGAGCGUACGGACUGCCAGACAGUAAAUUAAAAGAGCAGUUGUCUCAAUGGUUAGACUUAAGUUUAAACAAAAAGGUUCCACCGUCGUUGUUGCUUCUUUCACGAGCAUUAAUGGUCCCAGAAACGAUCCCUAUGUCAGACAAAUUAAAGGCUACUAUAUCAGCUCUUCCCGAUACGGUCGUUGCGCGUACUCAGUGUGCAAUAGGAGAGAAGGAGGGUAAAAUGGAUCAUAAGACGAAUAUUGAAAUUAUAAAGAUGGAAGAACGUAAGAUUGAAGAGGAACGACAAGAAAAAGAACCGCAACCUGCUGUUCAUCAAGAACACAAAACUGAUGAGAUUACGAAAACGGAUGUGAAAGUAAUAGAACAGGCAUUAGAUUCUCUUGGAGAGGUAAAGUUUAUCUCUGAUUUUAUCAAGGAUAAGAAGCAUAUAGUUGAAAAAGGAGAACUAAAAGAACUGAAAGAAGAAAUGGCCGAUUAUCAAGAAGAUCUUAAAGAGUUUUACGAAAUUAAAGCGGCUGCAAAGGGUCAAAAGGAUAUAGAAAAUAUUAAAGUAUCCAAGGGUGCUAUACGAUUAUUUAAACAAGUGAAUAAAAUGAUUCAUAAGAUGGAUGAAGUUGUAUCAGAACUUGAGUCGAAAAAACAAAUCAAACAGUCCGAAAAGAAAGAAAAUGUUGAUGAAGAAAAAGGCACAAGUUCUAAAACCAUUGAAGAAUUAGUUAAAAUAGAGGAAUUAAUUUCAGCUAUUAGGAAAAUUCAGAAUGUACCGGAUCAACAUCGAUUACAACGUAUAACUGAAAUCUUAGCAAAAAUCGAUGACGAUAGAGAUGGUGCUAUAAGAGUCGAAGACGUCCUUAAGGUGUUAGAACUAAUUGGAAAGGAGGAUAUUAAAUUGAGCAAAAAACAAGUAGAUGAAUUACUUGAAUUAAUUGAUAAGGAAGAAAUUUUAGAAUCAGACGAUCAAAUACAAAAAACAUUACAAAAGGAAACAAGUGAAAAACUUAAAGAUGGAGAAUGUACUGCAACAAAAUAUGUUGCGCCUAAAUCUCCGGUUCCUGCUACGCCUGUAACGACUGAAAAAGGUUAUGGUAAAGAGGAAUUAGAUGAAAAUGUUGCAGAUUCUAAGAAAAGUGUUGGCACAUCUUCAUCCGAAACGGAAAAAGAAAGGUCAGCCGCGGUUCUUAAAAGUAAUUCCACUUCCGACCCGGUUAGAAAUCCUCCAAUAGCCCCUGGAGUGCCACCACCGGCCAAAAAAGCGGAAGGCUCUAAACAGCUGUGAUUACCGUACGGUGUAUGUAAUUAUGAAUACAGUGUUUUUAUUGGGUAUUAAUCAGGAGAGAUAUUGCACUUUCAUCUCCACAUUAUGUUUCUACCUCUAUGCUAUGACAUUGUAUAUCUUUGUUUUACAAGUGAAGUUGUAUAGUAAAAAAUGUUUGCAAUGAUAUCAGGUAUGUAUCAAGGUAUUUCUUAAUUGCUGCUGCAUACGUGAGUUUUACUAUUUAUAAUAUUUGAUUAAAAGCAAAAAAAAAAACAUUAAUGUUUGCAUCUAUGACUAAAGCAGAUCCUGAAUGAUGAAGACUGUGAUGCAUUUAAUGGCAUCAAUACAUUGAUCUAUUAAUUGCAAGAUAACUGUGCUGGUCACAAAAACGAUAUUUUUCAUGUAAAUUCCUAAUUAAUGUAGAAAAUGUUUCUUUUCUUCUGAAAUUACACGUGACAAUACUAUUAUCAUGAUUAACAGUGAAAUAUGACAGGAAUAUUCAUUUUUUAUUUGAAUAAAACUCAAUUCCAAAAUAUAAUACCAUAAGGAAUCAUUCCAUCUGUCUGAGUGUUCAUUGCUAUUACAGAAUUAUAGUGUACAAAUUACUGAUCACUUUUAUUUUGCUUUAUAAUAAUAAAUAUGUACUUCUAUGAUCAAGAUUGAAAAGAGAUGUAUAUUUAUAAAUAAUUUUAUUAAUAUUAAACUACAUAAACAGAGAGUUAGCUACUACAUGUAUUGAUUACAUAAGAAUGCUAUUGUGUAAUAAAAUGUAAAAUAUUUGAGUGAUAAAGGCAUUACGUAAGGAAAAUGUAAUGUUUAUUGAACAUUAAUUACAGCUGAAAGUAAAUGA